UCUAGCAACAUCCCUUGUUUUCUCGUUCCUAGCAGAACCUUGACAUCAUGGGAUUCAUCAGCUGCUUGUGGUCAUUCUCCAUCCCCAUGCUGCUCCUAACUUUAUGGGUCAGAUCUCUAGCCACACAAGAGUAUGAUGAUUAUUCUGAUGACGCAAUUACAUCGGACACUAUAUCAUGUCCACAACAACCACGGUCCUUCAAAGGGGAACUGAAUAACACAUUCUUGCGAAUUUCUGCAUCAUCGAAGGAUCACCUGAAGAGUUCCAUCACGGUUGUGCUCAUACCUUCCAUCUACUCUGUUAUAUUCCUUGUUGGUCUACCAGCCAAUGGUCUUGCCCUUUGGGUUUUAGCAACCAAAGUUAAAAAGAUGACAUCUACAGUGUUCCUUAUGAAUCUGGCAGUGGCAGAUCUUUUACUCAUCCUGGUUCUUCCCUUUAAGAUAUUUUACUAUUAUUUGGGAAACAAUUGGAUUUUUGGGGAGCUGAUGUGCAGGGCUGUGACAAGCUUCUUUUAUGGGAACAUGUAUUGCUCAGCCUUGCUACUUAUGUGUAUCAGUGUUGACCGUUACCUGGCAGUGGUGCACCCUUUUUUCUCCAGACGAUUCAGAAGCAGGGUUUUUGCAACUGCUAUAUGCUCUACCUGCUGGAUUAUUGGCAUGUUGUCUACCAUUCCCCUGGCCACAAUGCAACAAUCUUACCUCCUUCUGGACACUCAACUCACAUUGUGUCAUGAUGCUCUUCCCAAGCAGGAGCAAGCAGAGUAUCUGUUUUAUUACUUUAUAUCUGCCAUUGUUUUGUGCUUUAUUUUGCCAUUGAUAAUUAUUGUAUUUAGUUACACUGCAGUAAUUCGGGAACUGAUUCUAAGUGGAGAGAAAUACAGCUAUGCUGUCAAACUAAGCACCUUGGUGCUCUUCAUAGUGAUCAUCUUAUUGACACCAAGCAACGUGGUUCUUUUGAUGCAUUACUCAGAGCACUGUCUUCAAAGACAUGGCGACCUAUAUGCAGUCUAUAUGGUCUGCUUAACUUUGAGCGCCUUAAACAGCUGCGUGGAUCCUUUUGUGUAUUACUAUGCUUCAGAAGAAUUUCGAGACAAGGUGAGAAAACAGUUUAGGAAAAAGUCUACAAUAUCAAUGGCCUCCGUAAAAACUACUAAAGAGACUCUGCCACCAAGUUACCCCAACUACCCAUCUCAUCCAGUGAUAUGACAUUUUAUGUUCACAAGAAAGAAACAUUUUGGUAGUAGGUACAUAAGUACCCAAAAAUACACAAUGGCUUAAACUAAUCCUUCUUCAGCCUAGUGCUGUUUCUUCUAUGAAAUCUGUAGCAUCAUGUGGCUACAGAAACAAAGAACAUGAUGUCCUUUGAUAUGCUUUGUGUUCAAGAGACUUUUUUUUUCUCAAGUACUGUUGUCAUUAUUCUAUUUUAUAUUGCAGCAAUUUUAUUUUUAGCAGUUCAUUCAGUGACCAGCUAUGUUUAAGAAACAAAAGAGUAUGGCCACAUGGUCAGGUUUCUUCAUGCAGUUUUGGAAGCCAAAAUCAGGGGUGGAUUAUAAAACAAGAGCAAGUAUAAAGGACAGAUAUGACUUUACUUUUUUUUUUUUUAUUUAGUCCUGGUUUUGGCUCCCAAAACUGCAUCAGGAGAUAUCACCAUGUGCCCAUACCCUCACAGGUGUGAAAUGUGUGAGCAGGUUUUUUUUUAUGCCUAUUGUGGGUUUUUAAACAGAUGCUUCCAGUGUUGGACUGGGGGGCCUAGGGUCCACCAGUGGAACCGAGUCCAAGGGCCCAUCAUAUAGCUGCAUGGAAAUAUCACAUGUUCAGAUUUAGGCCCUAUGCACAUGAGUGUGUGCAUUUUAGCACAAAAUAAAUAGGAGCUGAUAUAUCAGAAUAGUUUUAUUUUGUGUCAGAAUAUUAUGUCCAUUUUUAGUUUGUGCCAAAUUUAUGAUCUUGGAUUGUUGAAUGUAUCUAAAUAUAUGAUUCUGUUUUAGAAAGUGGUGAAGUGAAGUUUCACAAUGUGCCUUAGUGCUUUAAAGGGAAUGUGGAUAUUUGAUUAUAAUCUAACUAAUUAUAUACAAUCAUUAACUACUAAGGCUACUUUCACACUUGCGUUCAGAGCGGAUCCGUCUGGUGUCUGCACAGAUGGAUCCGCUC